AUGUUUUCAUGUAUGGCGAGUAAUGGUUUGCAAGAAACUCGUGAGGUAAAUAUUAAUGAAGCAUUAGAGACUAUAAUAUAUCAUGUUAAACGGUUAUUAUCGAUUGACCAUGGAGUUCAUUUUGACCCAAGGUCUACACUGUUCAAUAUACCAAUGAUUGAAAACAGUCAAUUAACAUUUAAAGAAGAUACAUUGUAUAAUGCUUUAAACGCAGCAUUUGCUUAUAUAUUAGGUCAUGAACAAGUACAAAAUAGUGGUAUUGCAAUAUACUUAGAUAAAGUUAUGUUAAAGAAACCAUUGACAUUCACAGAAGAUGGUCCAAAAGCAACUGGUAUUGUUGGUGAUGGAACAUUAUUGACGAAAGAAUACUUAGCAAGUCAUGUCGGAGAAUUUUUCUCCACUAAUGAUAGCAUCAGUACAACACCAGAAGUUAUUUUAUUGAAGAAACCAAUCACAUUUGAUGUUAAAGGAAAGACAAAAGCAACUGGUAUAGCUGGCGAUGGAGUUCUUCUGACUAAGGAAUACUUGAAGAAAAAUAUCAAUGACUUCGUUGAAAUUGUCAAAGAUAAAGAAUCUGGUCUUAAGUUCAACCCUUUAUCAUUCAUCUUUGCCAUAGCAAACGCCGGUGCUACUGCAGCCUCAUGGAUAUCACUCCAGAGUCAAAUAAAUGCUCUUUGGGCUUUUGUUGAAAGUCAAGAAGGUAUAGAUACUGUUCUUGACACUCUGGGUAAUCUUGGUCCAAAUCAUAAAGGAGGUUUUGUGGAUGGAAUAAAAAAUUUAGUUGAAAAGACUAAAACAAGUUUCCAGAAGAUAACUCAUAUAGA